AAAUCAAAAUUGAACCGGUUCGGGGAAAAAGAAACUCAUGAUAAGGCUGAAUAUAAGGGAAAAUAUAUUAGAAUCGUAAAUCAAAUACAUAGAAAAGGAUUAAAAUUAAAUUAGAAUACCGAGAUUCUUUUUCAAGUCAUUGACUAUAUGUAUGAGGAUCUAAUGUGUAUUGCUGAUAAAUACAACCCUGUACUAUUUGGUGUCAAAUAAAUCGCAUACGUUUCUUUUAUUUUCUCAAGUGCUCGCUCAAAAUAGCAAACCAUUUAAUUUUAUUUACUGACGUCAAGCGAUGACGAGGAAUAAUGGCAAAAACAUGCAAACAUAUGUAUGUAAACGAUGUGCUUGCUAAUUUUUGUCACCCUAACACAUAAGCGAAAAAAUGGUACAGAUAGCAAUUUAAUUAUGCUUUUUUCCUCGUACUAAACCGCUUAACACAAAAAAAAGACAGAUAAACAUUCCCAAGCACAACUUUGUUGUUGCAAGCUUCGUCCAGAUUUUACAGUCCAAUCGGACAUCUGAAUCGAUAGUGUAGUUAUUUUUAAAACGAAUACCUCAAGAUAAAUUGAAAAUUCAAUUAAACCUCAUCAAUAAACUUCGACUACCCAAACUUGCAUAAGUAAAAACCCAUGAGCAGUUAUAAGAGUGUAAGAACCACAAAGUCCUUAGUAAGUUUACGUUAUAAGAUUUCAUGUAUGUAUUUGGUUAGCCAAGAAUGUCGUCGCAUUUUGUUUUGUGCAAAUGCCCAUUUUCCUUUUUUGACGACAACAGCAAACUUUCUAGAAGCUCAUGUUUUUUCUCCAUUUAUUUAGGGAACUUUCAAUUGCAAUUGUUGUGCUCAUUCACGUUUUAAAUUUUUAAGCCAGCGUUUUAGCAACAAAAAGUACCCAAGCAGUACAUAUUUAUUUAUAGAUCCAUAUGUACUAUGAGCUCCAUUGCUAUACUUGUUUUUGUAUUUGUGUACAUAUAUACAUGUGUGUGUGUGUGCUGUGCUAGUAUUUAUUUUAGCUGUUCUAUAUACAUUUUUAUUCCGCCAUCCGUAAAUUGACUAUAUCCCACAGCUGCCAACCAACGACUGAUUGACUGGUUUUCAGGCAAAGCGCUACCUAGUGCUCGUCGUUCUUUCGUAUACCUACAAUGUGUACUUAUAUAUGGAUGUACAUGGAUAUGUUUGUGGUUCGUUCCACAAAUUUCGCCUUUGUCACUUCUGUGUUCGCUUUAAUAUUUCUUCUUUUUCAUAUACCACGGUUCGGUUUUGCAGUGUUCGCUUGUGUCAGGAAGGUAGCUGCAGCAAGCAGUUUCUUAUUACAUUAUUAGAUUUCCAGUUGAGUUUUUGCAAGCAGAUAAUCUGGCCAUAUUAAAAUGUACUAAUUACAAGCAUCAAUUGUAAUAAUUAUCUAUUAAUCAGAUGAUUUUAUUACCUUAGUUAUACGUUUUAUAAAUAAAACGCAAAGAUGACGGAUUUUGAUACUAAAUUUAUGGAAAUGCAGAAAUAUCUGCCAUUCCUCAGGAAUGUCAUCGAGAAAUUGCGUAGCAGUUCCGAUCAAGAUGAUGACAAUCCGCGCAUGGCGCAAUUGAAAAAAAUGGAAGUGCUUCACGAUUUGCUGAAAGACAACAAGAAAAAAUUAAAAAUGGAGACAUUGAUGAAAUGUGAAGGAUUAUUAUUAAAGCUUGCCAGCAAAAUGGAAAGGAUACCCUUUUUGCAGGGUGAAACUGAAACUUCCAAACCAACAAGUCAUACUUCCAACAUAAAUAACACAACAACAAUGUCAGAAACAGAAGUGCCAAGUAAAACAGAUAAAGUGUCUAGUGUUGAUGUAGUAGAUAUAACAGGACCAGAGAGUCCACCACCACAACCUCUGGAGGAAGUACCACCUGUGGAAAUACCCACAGAACGGCGGAAAUCACCCAUGGAGGGUGAAAAAUUGUCAAGAGAUAGACAUAAACAGGAGCGACAACAGAAACACCACCAACAUCAUUAUCAUCACCAACAGCGCCAUGAACAUCAUGAAAGCAGCCAUCAAUCGCGUGAACAUCACACACAACAACAACAGUCAAAUCUCAAUCGAUCGGUUGCUCGUUCAAGCGAGCGAGAUCGUUCUAGUGAUUCUUCAAAAAUAUUUAAUAGACGCAGUGCUGGCAUGGAGAGCUCAAAAGAUGUGGUACCUCCAACUAUAAACGCCAUAAAUCGUGAUAAGAACCAUGUAGAGUCGUCGCGAAAUCGUGAUCCUCGCGCAUCGAAUGCUUUCGCCCAUGAAAUCUAUUCACCCGAAGAAUGUUGGGAUGAUUUCGAGGUCAAUAAAAGACCGUCAUUUAACACAAGUCAUUCCGCAAAAUCUUUAACACCCGACUCGCCACCAAUAUCGAGGCUGGAAGAUAGAUACCAUGAUACGAUAUUCAAUUUUAAGAAGCACUUGCCGAAAUCGAAUGAUAUGUUUUCGCGUGUACGUAAUCCGGACCCACCUAAGACGGUACCCGGUAGAUCUGCACCCAUUUCCAUACCCGUCAAAGUGCCUACCAUACCGGAGGUAUUGAAAAGCCCGCCAUUGUCAGCUAGUGAUAUCUCAGACUUGCUGAGUGAAAGUGAAGGAAAUGCGAAUGAUAAGAGUAUUCCCAGUAUUGCCGGAAUAGGUACACGUCGUCCGGCGAAGUCGCCGAAUAACACCAUGAGUUCAGCCACUGAAAUAUCACCAAGUGAAGCGUCAAAUCUCGACAAAAUACGUAAAAAGUUCGCCAUUGUUACAAAAGGCUCACCACAGCGGCGAGACAGUCCGGAUAUGUUGAAGCCACCAGUUACAACAACAAAACCGAAAGAUAUGGAAAGUUCUCUGCCCAACGAACGCGUAGCUUUAAAAUAUAAACCACAUCCGCGCGCGGAGCGAAGCACUUAUCAAAAUAAUAGUGACUUGCACGCUACCCCGCCAGCAGAUCCGCGCUUGAAUCCAAAUCGUUUUGUCGGUGCUACAAAUAAGUCAACUCCACCAAGUGCGUCAAAUUCUUUUAAUGCUCAGUUACCCCAGGAUCCCAGAUUAAGGAAGCCUACAGCUGCUGGCGCAAACACAGGCCUCUAUCAACAACCACAAGUAUCACCGCAUAAUAUGACUUCACCGCAAGCGCAAACCAAUUCAAAAGUUAGUGCCACAGUGACCAAGCCACCUGGGCGAAUAUACCAAAUACCCAGCAUACUGGAUAUUGGUGUGAAAGAUCCGCGCGCCUCACUCAGUCCAAAUUACCCCAGCGGGCCAAUGGAUCCAAGGCAACGUCUGACAAAUAAUAUACUAAUCAAUCCAACACAAGUGGGAAUAUAUUCGAGAAGAGACUUUCCUGUGACUGUUUCACCGAAAGCCUAUGGCAGUUCUCAACCCCCUCUUGAGUUUGCACCACGAGAAAAUAAGCCCGCGUCGACACAGAGAAGUAAAAGUGGCUACAGCAGCGAAGAAAACUGGGACUCAGAUCCAGAAACGCCGCCGGUUGUAAAUGUACCAAAAAUUAUACCGCCGCCAGUGCCAUUGCACAUUCCACAAAAUCCAAUUAAUCGGUCCUUUAAUGAAUACUUGAAGGGAAAAGAUGCGCCUGUGAAUAGUGGUUUUCGGGCAGCCAAUCCACACUUGUUGCCAACACCACCUUUUGAACGCCCAAAUGUCGGGCAUCCUAUGCCGCCGCGGCUAGCCACAAAUCAGCACCUUCACCAAAUUUCUGCCGCAGGAGUACCGCCUCAUAAUCCUAAUCAUAGUAAAUUUAGCGCAUUGCUCAAUGAUAAAACCGAACGCAGCAAGUAUUUCGAAUCGAAAAAGCAAAAACAGAGUGAACCGCGGACAUAUGUGGAAUAUAAGCAAGCAAAAGCGCGCGCUGCCGCGGAAGAGGCAGCGAGAAGAGCAGCUGCAGAGGCAGCAAAGACUGCUGAAAACAGCAAAGAUAUUGGCGAAGUGGGUGAGGUGGAUAGCAGUGUAUUAGCCAAGCUUUCCGAACAGCCACCAGCCGCAUCUACGUUGGAUAAAUUGUAUCGAAGCACCGACUUUAGCACCUGUGAGUUUCCCAAAGCGAAAACUAGCUUUAAAAUACCAAAGAAGACUGUCGAAAAACCAGUCGACAACAGCGAAGCUAAACCAAAAACUGUUGAGAAGAAAGAAGAAGCUAAAGAAAACAAAAGCGAAGUGGAAGUAACUGAACAAAAACAACAAAAGAAAGAAAAAGAGCAGAAUAUUGCGGACACUGUGAAAAAAAAUAAGACAGCUGAAAAACAGGCGACAGUGCAAGGUGGUAAGAUCGCGAUUGUGAAAAAUCCAGCGCUAAAGAAGGACAUGGAUGAAGUCAAAGAAAAGAAGGAAGUAAACGAAAAGAAGGAUGUAAGCGAAAAGAAGGAUAGAAGCGACAAGAAAGAAGUUAGCGAAAAGAAGGAUGAGAAGGCAGAAGUCCAAAAGAAAGAGGUAACAAAACAGAAUGAGGUUAACGAAAAGAAUACCGAUAAAAUAAACCUAAACAAAGAAGCAAAUAAAAAGGAUAAAGAAACGAACAAAAAAGUUAGCGAGAAGGUUAAAACGAAAAUCGUAAAUAAAAUGCAAGAAAAUAAAGUGAGUGCUGCACCGGUGAACGCUGAGGUGACGCAAGUAGCGUCAGCGAAUUCCAAACAGGAACUCGGCACUAAAAUUGGGAAGGAUAAUAUCGGAGCAAGCCAACCAGCAUGUGGCGCAGACUUAGGUGUGGUUGCAGAAACCGCUCUGUCCAAUUUUACACCCUCCAAAGCGCCAGCAAGUAUCUCCGAUGAGACGAAGGAAGUAAACAUAACUCAAAAGCCAAUUGAAGCUGAAAUCUCUGUUGAGGCUGUCACUGCAAACCAAGAGUCUGGCAAGAGUAAGCCACAGAAACCAGUUGCAGACAAUGAAACGAAGGAAGAGAGCAAGCCUGACAAAGGCGAGGGUGAAUCUCCUUCAACCACUCCAUCAUUAUUUUCAGAUAACCUCGGCAGUGCUACAAUACCAGCGCGUAUUUUGAGACGACGCAACACAAUGGUUGUGCGCGGUAGUCUACCGGAAGUGGAUAAAGAUAAGAUCUUUCCCUUCAAGUCGUUGGUGUAUGAAGAUAUACAAGGCGCAAAAGAGGAGGAACGCCGGAAGGAAAUUGACGCUAUGCUGCCUAAAAAGAACAAGUGUCUGGCGGAAAUGUUCCAGAGAACCGACGAUAACUGCAAGGUUUCAACACAGAAUAUAAUUUCCGGCAAGCGUCGCACACGCACUAACGUAAACUUUAAUGAAGUGCAACGUACUUUGGAAGUUUUCCAACACAAACGACGUAGCGAGCCGUUGAAACCGCCCAGCGAGAAAGCGUCACCAGUGGUAAAGAAAACGCCACCCAAAGGAGGAAAGAAAGGCCCCAAGAGUAGAGUGAAGACGGAAACUAACGAAACCGGUAGUGACCAGGUAACAGAGGAUGUAGAGAUUACUGAGCAGGUGGAGGCCGAAGAAACUGAAAAGAAAAAGCGCUCCGUCACCGCGAAAACAAUAAAACAGGAAAAACUGGCUGAUGAAGAAAAACCUAAUAAAUGCGCUACAGGAAGGAAAUCAAAUGUGGCUGCGAACGCACAACCCUUAGAAGAAGCAGAUACCGCUAAACCAUCGCCAGCCGCGAAAGCAGUUGGAAAGUCAGCAAAGCCUAGUAGAAUUGACGUGCUAAUGGACGAAGAUGCACAAAAACGACACUUGCUGGAAAGCUUCGUACAGGACAUACUAAACCCAAAAAAGGAUAAAGCACAAAUUUUCAGUUUACUGUCGCAAAUUCUCAGCGAAGACAACCUGAAAUUCGUAAAAGAGAUUGUAGAAACACAGGCAGAGAAAAAUGCGGCACAGCUUGAAGAAGCUCACGAGGACGAGGCCGGUGAAAAUGAAAGUGUUGCAUCAGCAUGUGAAGACUUGCAGAAACCGGAAGAUGUCUUAGACAAGAAGGAAGGCGAAAGUGAUGCCAUAAAUGUAGCGAAACCGCCAAAAGCCAAAAGAAAGUAUAAGAAUGAGCUGGAUCGUCUAAACGAGGACAUACGCACCAUGUUUAUAAGUCAAGGUGUUCUAACGGCCACUGGGCGUCGCAUGUGCACGCUGGUUGCAGCCGCAGAGCAGGCGGAUAAAGUUGAUGAUGCAAAGGAUGUUACUGAAAAACCGAGUCAAACUGCAGUGGCUGCUGAAGUGAACGACACGCCGGUAGUAAUGCCUGCAAUACCGCGCAUACGUAAAGCCAAGGUUGUGUUGAAGCAAUUGAAUGUCAAUGAUUUUCAAAGGCGGUCAACGAGGAACAGAAAAGGAAAUAAUGUGGAAGCGAAUGACAGCGCAGAUGAACUUGAGAGUGAAGUGAAUAGCAUUUCGAAAACUGAUAAAACACCACCGCGAAAAAUGCCUGUACUAAAACCCCAUACGCCGAUAAAACAAUCGGAAGUAGAAGACGAUUCUUCAGAUGAGCCGUCUGAGGAGCCAGCCGCUAAGAAGGUCAAGGUAGACGUUAAAGCGAAGCAAUCCAAACCAGGACCGAAAAGUAAGAAACCGAAAGAGGCCUUGUUAUCCGAUGACGAGGAAGUUGUUGCCGAAAGCGACCAUGCCUUGGAGAAUGCUAACGACUCCGCCUCUAAGUCUGCUCCUUUAAAGAAUACCAAUAAAGAAUGGCAUUCGCAAUCGAAGUGGACUAAAUGGUGUAUGAUAUGUGAUACGAAAAUCAAUUUUCCAGCUACACAUUACAAGGGCAACCACGGCGAAUACUAUGCAUCGCGACUUUCGCCUGAGAUUUUAGAAAAAAUGAAGGCGGGAAAAAUGUCUAAACCCUUCUUCGGUGUAAACCAUAAGAAAUUCAUGUACUGGUCAUAUCGUUGCCCCUUUUGCCUGCAGCACAAUCGCACGGUACAGAGCAGCUGGACAGAGCAUUUCAUAACGCAUACAGGCGAAUACCUCUUUGAAUGUAGUGAUUGUCAUCGACCUUCAUCCAAAGCAAACCAGCUAGACACUCAUACGAAGACAGUGUGCGUUGGCGCGACUGUAGUGCGUAAGAACUCGAUGCCACACGGUCCAGUGUUGACAGGACAUGUCUGUCACCUAUGUAAUUACAUACAGCUAAACAGACAGAAUCUCGACGAUCACUAUAUCAAUCAGCAUGGUAAGGCCAAAUCGAAAAUCGCUAAACUCGGCUACACAAUUGAUUUGUUCGAUAUCAGAGACGUGGAAAAUGUGGACGCUUUGAAAGCAAUCGAGUUGGAAACAAAAAUUUUGAAUGAAGGUUUAGACAGAGAGGACAUCGAAGAAGCCAAAACUCAGGAGGAGACCAACGAAGAGGACGAGGAAAGUAACGCUGCAUUGGAGGAGCCAAACUCCCCGAAAAGUGAUAACGAAAGCAUUGAUUCGGACGACUUACCAAUCGCAAAAAGUGUGCAGUGCAAGCAGAACUCCGAUGUAAAGAAGUCAGCUGUCGAGAAGGCUUUGAACUCCAAUGUAUUCGUGCCCACACGCGAGACAAAUGAGUCACCCACUAUGAAUAAUUUCGCGCAAAGCUUGUUUACUAUAUCACAUGAACAGCCGGUAACUGGAAUUGAUGGCGUUGCAUCUGCUGUCGGCGGCGUAGCUGGUGGCAGCAUAUCGAUGGCAGAACGCUUAAGCCAGAGAUUCAAAAGUAUAAAAAGCGGGAAAGUAUCCAUGGCGAACACCAACAGCAGCCCCAAACCAGCAGCGCCUCGCAUCACACCGACCACAGCCAGCACAACAAAAAGCACGCUAAAUGUCGUAACGUCCCCGCUAGCACAGACAGCAGCACCACGUGUCGAAGCGCCUACCAUCCUUCAUGUUGCGACUCAAAACAAAAGUUGUACAACCACUAACACUGCUACUGAAGAUCCUUUAUGUACCGAAAAGUCCACGGUACGGCCAGAGUUAAAUCCCUCAACGGAAACAGCCUUCUCUACCAAUACGGGAAGCGUCUGCCUGGCCACUGAAAAGCGAGUUACAGAUGUAGUAACUUCUUCUGCGAUUGAAACCGCUGUCGAUUCACCAGCUGAAGAUGACGAUGAUAACUGGGAAGAUAUUGAAAUAACCGAGUCUGCACCGAGCACGUCGUCGUCUGUGGUUUCGACUGCGUCAAGCGCCAUCAACAGUAAAAACAGUAAAUCUAGCAAGAAGAAUGUGUUGCAUAAGUUAAAUCGGCUAUACGCGACGAAUACGAAAUUAAAGAGAAGUUUAUCAAUCACCAUUGGUAGCAAAAGGAAGCCGACGGAAGAAAGGAAGGAUGGGGAACCUAGUAAGGCGGCAAGUAAAGAGAACGCUACCCACAACGUCGUAGUAAAUGUGAGCAAUAACAAUGUAGAGGGAGCGGCUCAACCUACAGCCGCACCUCUACCUUCAACUCCGGCGCCAGUUACACCUGCAACUCCAACUCCAGCUCCGCCUGCAACUCCAACUCCAGCUCCAGUUACGCCUGCAACUCCAACUCCAGCUCCAGUUCAUAUUUCCAAUGUAGAGCUGAGAAGCGGGCCAACGAUUUUGGCACAUGUGCCACCGCUUAGUGAUGAACCUACCCUCGGCUUUCGUCCACUUAUUACCAAUUUGGCCGACUUAUUGCCCGACUCACCGCUGAAUGAUCCAAUAGAGUUGGUACCAGAGCUAACACCCAUGGAAUCGUUGCAGGACCUCCGUGAUGUUUCGUCCAUACUAAAUUCCGAUUACAUGUCAGACAAUUGGGAGGCAAAUGCUACGCCCAUGCAUUUAGAUAACGAUAGUCAACAAGCGGAUAUGCAGGAGGCAUUGGACUUUGUAAACGAACAACAGCAAGAACAAAGUAGGAUAGUGGCCACUACUGCAGCCGCCAAUGAGAUCGGUCCGCUGAUGGCUUUGACAUCAAUACACCGCAUAGAAAAUAUCGGCUAUUCGAAAUCCAUCGAUGAUAAUACUUUCAAAUUUUACUGUCUUUCUGAGAAUUGCACAUUUCUCUAUUCGAGUGAGGCAAUUGGCCUUGAAACCCAUUUCAGUUGUGAACACAAGCAGAGCACUUGGAAUGGAUAUUGUCACAGUUGCAAAGCACAAGUUGAAGGCGAUGCUGGUUUGGAAAAUAAGUUCCCGCUUUCCGUCGAAUUGAAUCACAUGCGUACGAAGCAUUUAGCGUCACCGAUCCUCACUCCUCUACCUGCAGUAGAAGAGUUAAAACAGCCAUCCAAGUCUAAUUCGCCAGGACUUGAUGAUGAUAGACCGCGUAUUAAGAUUAGACGCUUGACGGGCGAUUGUCUAUCGACAACGCCGACACCCACUUCGGCGCAAGGUUCCAAGCCAAUAACAGUAUUCGAUGAAAACGCGCAGCAGGUCGAAUUGACAACCAUAGAAACAUCGCCUUCAUCGGCGAUCUCAACUUCAUUCCUAAACCAAAUACAACCGCCAGCAGUAGAGAAACCAAUUGAGAAUAGACACUUUCAAAAUAUUGGCGCUCAAGAAGAUGGUCGUUCGCCUAGUAAGGAAAGCCCUUCAGCUACAGUGGAAGCUCAAGCUUCAACACCGCCAUGCCAACUACAAAUAGCCAGUGUGGUUAGCUUGAAGGAAAACAACGCCCCUCCACCAACCACACCUAGCGUGCAGCUGCCAGUCAUAUCAAAUGUUUGCAGCUUAAAUGCCCGCUCCAACGCAUCACCAACAAAUAACACAGGCUCCCUUUGGGCUCAACACAUAGCUGAGGAACGCGCCGAGCUAGAACGUUCGGCUUCCGAGUCUUUGGAAGUAUCGCGCAUACUUGCCAGGAACAGGCAUUCCGUGCGUGAUAGCGGUGCUGAUAGAAACUCGGUCACAAGUGACUCGCCGGAACCGCAAGUAGUCGCUGAAACUGUGCCUGUUGGACAAGCAACUACUGGCAGUUACCUUAUAACCCAAACAGUUUCGGCUCAAUAUGAAGAAGGACGUUUGGGUUUUAAUAUCUCAAUUGCAGCGAAUCCUUCAGCACGUAUAAGUCGUUCGGAUUCGGGUAGCAGCACGAGCACUUCAUCAGUUGUUGUACCAACGGCACCACAAUUUAAGUGCAUGGCAAAUGGCUGUAAAUAUCAGACGCGCUUACCACUGGCCAUGGGCGAUCAUUUGCAAUUCCAUGACCGUCAAAACUUUAGCGCCCAACGUGAGUAUCUGCGUUGCUCGCAAUGCUCAUUUUUAGCUGAAGAUGUGGAUGGAUUUAUGCAGCAUACCGAUCAAAAGCAUGGUAUGUUGAUGAGAAGCGCUUCAGAUACAGGAACGAUAAGGGACAUACUGCGUAAUCCGGAUAGCAAUGGUAGUCAACAGGGUGCGAGUGAAAACGCAACUACCAGUACUGGGGCGAGCAACUACCAGCGCUGGGGGAAGAAAGAUACUUUCACGCAAGAAACAUGGGAAACUGCACUUAAGGAUAUUGUUUCAGCAACUGGUGUGCCAGACUCGAAACUUUUCCGCUGCACCAUUGAGGAUUGCAAGACAAAACUAACGGAAGCGAGCUAUUAUUCACAUGUCGUUUAUCAUCUAUCCACCCUGGGCCAGAUAAAUAUUAAUGCCCACACCUACAAGUGCCCACAUUGUAAGUGUACCUUUAAUAAGCCACAAAAGAUCAAGACGCAUAUAAAAUCACACGGUAUACACAGAUAUUUCUGUUAUAUGUGCACAAAUACCGCCAUUAACAUUGAACAAAUGCAAAAACAUUUUGAGGACAAACAUUGGCGUUGUAAGAAAUUACGUCCCACUCUAUUGCCUUUUAAAGCGACAGAUAAACAAAGUUCAAGCAAUUCAUACUAUGUGAUAUUCACAACAACUCUAAGUCAAUAUGAGAUUCAACAGUUUCGUGAGAAACUGAUUGUCGAAUGGCAACGCAAGAAAUCCAGUUCGCGCACACAUUUCAAACCGAGCGAAAUCGGCUUAUUGCCGCUAACACCGAUAUUUGAUAAAAUACUAAAUUGUGCCGUUUGCCCAUAUAAAACAAAGGUACGCACGAAUUUAAUGCGUCAUUUGCAAAUGCACACCGACGACAGCAAUUGUGGUCCACAGCAAUUGACCAAUUUGGUUGAUCCAAUCAAUCCGGUACCGUGCUUGAAGUCGAACGAGAAACAUUUCGAUAGAAUGACAAAUCUGGCAUCAUCUUCUUUGGUGGUGGGCAGCAGCUCAACCGGAAAUGCGACAAGCACUGCUAAUGAUGGUAACAACGCGCCAACCAUUGGCGUUAAGGGCAAAGUACUUUACGCAUAUAUACCGGAUACGAAACGUUAUACCUGCGGUGUUAGCAAUUGUCAAUAUUUGACAAUAUCGGAUGAUAUUUUCCGAUCGCAUUUGAAUGCGUUGCACGGUGAUAUUUUGAAUUAUAAUUGCCCGCAUUGCAAGGAAGAGAUCUGUAAGCGUAACUUGUCGAUUGAACGGAUUCUAAAUCACUUACGUUUUCAUGGACCGAAAUUGUAUCAGUGUGAAUCCUGUGGGUACUUGCAUUACAUGAAAAAUGUGGUUGAUCGGCAUAUACGACAGCAUGAUGUAGAUCCGCCGUUAUUCGUGAAGGUGAUCGAGUACGAUCGGACGAAAGAGAAUGCAGCCAAAAACCCCGAUAGCACUGUAACUUCCGCAACACCAAUGACAACAACAGGAGCCGCCGCUAAAUCCGAAGCGCUAAAAUCCAAAGGCGGCAAACAGAACAAAUGGUCUUGUAAUUUGUGUGGCCACAAAACAAUGACACACCAACAAAUCGUUGCACAUGCAGCAUCUCAACAUUCCUGCAAACAUCAAUAUCAAUGUAUGCAUUGCGCAUUUACAGCGCCACAAUUGGUGCAAGUGAUGACACAUAUCGAUGAGAAGCAUUCGGGUAAAAAGCGUGAAGCGCGUUAUGUUUUCGAAAAGCUAGAGGAGCAGGAAGAUAGUAAUAGCAGUGCGAAGGCGAUUGAUACGCGUCCGCUCUGGCAAAGGGACGAUCCGACACGUGUACGACACAUACGCGGCAUACUUAUGGAGGAUGAGGAAGAAUCUGAACGCUAUCAAAAGCGUUUAUGUUUGGAUGAUAAUGAUGAGGGAACGGAAAAUGGCGAUAGUGAUGAGAAUUUAAAUUUAGAACAAUUUGGAUUUCUUUGCUACUAUUGCAAUACUAAAUUUCCAAACUUCGAGGAUUUGCGUGAUAUACAUUGGCAAAGUUCCGGUUGCCAAAAACUUGAUACAAUGAAACCAUUCCGCUAUCGUAUUUGUACGACACUCAAAUGCCCACAUUGUCUUUCGUUUACGGGCAACAGUAUUGAAUUGAUAGCUCACAUGAAAGAGAUGCACCAGGCAACUAAAUAUUUAGCUGCCGACGCAUAUGCCACAUCAGCUGGUUUGACUUGUGGCCAUUGUGAGUAUCGAGGCCAAUCGUUGGCGCACUUAGCACAGCACACAACGCGUUUGCGCCACAAACCUUUGGAUUUAAAAGUCAUGUCGCUGGCACAGCUCGAAAAAUUGAAAACUCUGGGUUCCCCUUUAACAUACGUCCAAUGCUUAAGUUGCAUGGAAUUGCUCGCCAAUGAGGCUGGUUUUGUGGAGCAUACAUCAUUGGCGCACCCAAAUGAGUGUGAUAUUAAAUCGCAGAUAAUAGAGAGUAAACUAAUCUACUCGUGUCCGAUAUGCCCAUUCACGUCGCAACAGGAAAUGACCGUCUUGCGACAUAUGAUCGAUCAUUAUAGCGGUUUUAAGCGUUGCUACUUCUGCACACAGCCACAGUCCUCUUUCAAUGGUUAUAUGCAACAUUGUUACUCGGAUCAUCGUGAAGAGAUAAAGAAUUUCUGCUAUAUCUAUACUAGCGCCGAAAUCAGUAGAUACCUGCAGCAGCUGCAGUUGAUAUUCCCCAAUGGUUUGACGGUAGAUCUAUGCAAUCUACGCUUAACGCAAUACCUAAAAGAGUAUGGAAACAAGCAGAUUAAAUUGCUCUACGAUGAGAUACAGAAAACGUCACAGCAGCCACCAAUACCGCGUCUCUCGUUGGGACGUUUAGUCGCUAGAAAAUCCAUCGAAGCUAAAAUGGCUGAAACCGGUGCAAACUCACCAACCUCCACAGUAUCAGCCUCAUCCUCGACCACAGCGGCCUUGCAACUGGCUGGCAAUAAUGCUAAGGCAUUGCAACCAACUUUAACCGCACAAAAAAUUAUGAAACGUCGCAGCACGAUUGCAUUAGGUAGAGAUGAGUCUGUUAUGAUGCGCUUAGCGGUUAGCUCCCCAACGGGUGAACCGACUGGGAUUUUGUUCAGCAAUAAAAAGAGGAAGACGCUACACAAUUUGGAGGUACUACCACCUCCGACUGCUGUGGUUAGAGAGAAUGUCGUGAUGGACGAUAGCGAGAAUUCCAACUUUAGCAUAGUAAGCGAUAGUGAAACAUCGCAAGCGGAGCAGCAGCAAUUGCAACCGUUUAGCUACUAUGGAAAGCCAAUAGUGCCAUUGGAUUUGAAUAAAAUAUUUAUCAAGAUCGCGGCAGCAGAUACUGUGCAGACGAGAAUCACCAUAUCGAAGUUCAAAUUGCUGUACAACAUAACGCCGCGCGUAGUUGUGACGCCCACAGAUAUGACAAAGUACCGUAAAGCAGCUGGAAAGAAACGUAAAACAAUAAAACCCUGUCCGUUGAGUCAUAAGAUCAGAUACAGUUGAGCGGUGAAAUUACAAAUGUACGUAAGUGGUGGAGUUGUGUAACAUACUUAUUGCACAACAACAGGAUUUGAAUAAGACCAUGUUCCUUCGUGAUAUUUAAGCAGCAAAUGUGCUACUAAGCAUACGAAAGUGGUAAACUACUCGUUUAGGUUAUGUUUCGUGGAUAAAAAAAAUAAAAAUAAAUAAAAUAAAAUGUAACACAUAAAUAAGUACUUUCAAAAAGUUACUUAAGUAAUUAAUUACCGAUUAAGUAAGCUGAAAUUCCUAUUUUUGUAUAUGUACGUAUGUAUGUAACAACGCGCGAAGUGAAUACUUACAUUUUUGUGGAUUUGCAGAUUAGGCGGAACUGAUUAUUUAUAGUCAAACUUAUAUGAGAAAGACAUGAAUGUAAUUUAAUUAUAUCUAAGAGUAAGGUACCGUAAUUAUUUUCAAUUAACAUUAUUACAAAUGGUAAACAUAUUUUAAUUAUUAAAGUACAUAUACAUACAUAAUGCUCCAAACGCAUACCGUUUCACAGUCGAAGCGCGUAGUUAAAGCUUGUCUUUGUUUUACUUUUAGUUUUAUAACAAAUAAAGAUUUUAUGUUUAAUUUA